GUCACUGACGACUUCAUCGACGAUGUGGAUGAACACUUGUCACAUGCAAGCGAUGAGGAAUUAUAGUGACAAAUUAAACCACGUAUGCACAUAUUUAUAUCUAGUUUAUAUAUUUUGAUUCUAGCUAUGUGUUUGUAUUUGGUUAUUGAAUGUUUGUUUUUUAUAUGUCCAUAGUCAUUAUGUCAUAUCGACGAUCAAAUUUUAUGGAGACGGACGAUAUGUUCCUCCAGUUUGAGGAGGAUUUAGAUAACAUUGCGGGAGGGUCGUCAUCUGUGGGCGACAAUACGGGGUCUUCUUCUCAACAAACGACUCCGACUCCUAGGAGACGUGCGCAGUCUCGACUUUUGGAGUUAGAGCGCCACGUUGCAAUAAAUGGGCGCAUUCCGAUGACGAUCGCCCCUGGAGCGGAGAAGCCUAUUUCUCCACACGCCGUUCGCUUCAGCCAAGCGAUAGGCGUGUGCGUGCGAAAGACAUUUCCCGUCCGCUGUCUUAAGUGGGCGGAUGUUGGGAGAGAAUACAUUGAGGUCGUCAAGGGCGACCUCCAGGUAAUUAAAUGCACUACACAUUUAUAUAUGAUUUCAUUUGAAACAUAUCUAACUUUAACCAAUCUAAUGUGUUAUGUUUGUAAUGUGCAGCGAUUGUUUGUGCUUGAUUUCAAUGAUCAAGCAAUGAACAGGUUUGUUGAGCAUCAGAUGCUCACGACCUUUAAAGAGUUUCGGGCCGACUGUCAUAGACAUUUCAAAAAGUACAGCGACCCGGAGGAGGCUCGUGCCAACCCACCAAACGCAUUGGUUGGACGUGAUGAGGAUUGGCACUUCCUCUGCGACCAUUAUAUCAGCCGUGCAUUCCAGGAGCAAUCACGGACAAACAAGGCUGCUAGACAGAAGCAGCCUUACAAUCAUAGUAGCGGGUCCAAGUCGUUUCUACAACGACAGUAUGAGCUCGCUGAAAGAAGAGAGCAGCCGGUCGAUCGUGUGGAAUUGUUCCGGGAAACACACGUUCGAGCUGGGACAUUCGUGUCGCAGGCCGCCGAGGAUGCGCAUAAUCAAAUGCUGGAACUCCAAUCCCAGCCUACCCCAGAGGGUAGUCAGCCACUCUCUGAGGAUGAGAUAUGCGAUCAGGUGUUGGGUAGACGACCAGGCUACUCAAAAGGCCUUGGUUGGGGACCCAAGCCGAAUGCCCGCAGAACGGCAAGUGCAAGCAGUUCGUCGACAUCUUGUUCGCAGUCCACACAAAAAGAGAUUGAAUUACAAGCUAAACUUCAUGAAGCUUUGGAACGGAUUGAAGUACAAGAUAGAAAUCACCAAGCAUUAGUUUCACAAGUGGAAGCUAUGAAAAAGAUGAUUGAAGACCUAACUCGUGCACAACAGGGACCACCACAUGAUCCCUAGCUCUGCGGACCGAAGGUGUAGAAUGACGCGCAUACGCACCUCGUUGGGAGAUUGGGUCUUAUGUUUAUGUUUUUUCUAUAUUGAGAACUAUAUUUUCUUGUAGUCAACUUAUUCGUAUUAUUAAUUUUAAUUCUAUUUUUUUAA